AUGUCGAAAGCAAAAGCCGCAUUCCUCCAAAUUCAUUUCAAUGCCCUCGCCCUUGUUCUCCUUCUGAGCCAUGCAUGCUCCCAACUGCAUGAUGCUCAAGAACAAGCUAUCUUAAUUCAACUAAAGCAAUAUUGGCAAAAUCCAUCGUCCAUCAGCCACUGGAUCCUGUCAUCAAACUUUUCCAACCAUUGCAGCUGGCCUGAAAUCACUUGCACUAACAACUCAGUCACUGAGUUACACCUUUCCAACAAGACAAUCAACGGAAAAAUCCCAUCUUUCAUUUGUGGCCUUAAGAACCUUACAUCCAUUGAUCUUAACUACAACAACAUCAUAGGUGAAUUUCCAAAACCUCUCUACAACUGUUCCAAACUUGAGCACUUGGACCUCUCUCAAAACUAUUUUGUCGGCACAAUCCCUGAUGACAUUGACAGACUGCGUCGGCUCCAGUGCUUGAACCUUACGAGUAAUAACUUUUCUGGUGACAUUCCCGUAGGCAUUGGACGGUUACAAGAGCUAAGGAACCUUCAGCUUGCUGCAAACCAGUUCAAUGGUUCUCUCCCGCCGGAAAUUGGCAACUUGUCUGAACUUGAAUAUUUGGGAUUGGCAUAUAAUUCAAAGUUACUGCCGUCCAAGUUGCCUUCAAGUUUCACACAAUUGAAGAAGCUGAAGACAUUAUGGAUGUGUAAUGCAAAUUUAAUUGGUGAAAUCCCCGAUAUAAUUGGAGAUAUGGCAGCUCUCGAGGUAUUGGAUUUAUCUAACAAUGUAUUGACGGCAAAAAUCCCAAAUGCUUUGUUCUUGUUAAAGAAUUUGAAGAAGAUAGAUCUUUUCAACAACAGUUUAGUUGGAGAGAUUCCUCAAGUAAUUAGAUCUUCCAAUCUGACUGUGAUUGAUCUUUCUCAAAACAACCUGACUGGAAGAAUCCCGAGUGAUAUUGGGAAACUAGAAAAGUUAUCGGGUUUGGUUCUGUUUUCCAAUCAACUGUCGGGUGAAAUUCCAGAAGGCAUCGGACGAAUCUCAACAUUAACAGACGUUAGAUUGUUUAGCAACCAAUUGUCAGGCACCCUGCCUCUAGAUUUCGGCCGGUACUCAAUGCUCCAGAUAUUCGAGGUUGCUUCUAACAGGCUUACGGGGAUGUUGCCUAAGAAUUUAUGCAAUGGAGGUAAGUUGCUAGGAAUUGUAGCUUUUGAUAACAAUCUUACUGGAGAAUUGCCAAAAUCACUUGGUAACUGUAAUAGCUUAACAACAGUCGAAAUCUCCAGGAAUGGUCUUACUGGGAGCAUUCCUAGUGGUCUAUGGACAUCGUUGGACUUAUCAAAGUUAAUGAUAAGUGACAACUUGUUCACAGGUGAGCUUCCCAGAAAAGUGUCAUAUAAUCUCACCCGACUUGAGAUCAGUAACAACAGGUUUUUCGGAAAAAUUCCUGUUGAAGUGAAGCUAUGGAGGAAACUUUCUGUAUUUAAUGCCAGUAACAACUUCCUUAAUGGUACGAUUCCGAGAGAAUUAACAGCUCUUCCAUCUCUGUCUAUUCUUUUGCUUGAUCAAAACCAACUCCAUGGCUCCCUUCCGUCUGAUAUAAUCUCAUGGAGGUCACUCAGUACUCUAAAUCUUAGUAAAAAUAAACUUUUUGGUCAAAUUCCAAAGGCCAUUGGUUUUCUACCGUGCCUUAACCAAUUGGAUUUGUCAGAAAACCAAUUUUCUGGCCAAAUUCCUCCUCAACUUGGUCGUCUAAGGUUUACUUCCUUUAACCUUUCUUCCAAUCAUCUCACGGGGAACAUUCCAAGAGAGUUUGAAAAUGAUGCAUAUUCCAACAGCUUCGUAAACAAUCCUGGUCUUUGUGCAACUACUGCAAAUGUAAACCUUCACAUUUGUGGUUCACAAAAAAACUCUAGCUUAAGUUAUCCUCAAAAUCUUAUUUGGAUUUCAAGUGCAGCAGUUCUUGUACUGUGUUUAUCUGUUUCGUUCUUCCUGACUAAAUUAUAUAGGAAGAGAAAUCGUGCACCAGGUUCAAUAUGGGAGCUCACCCCUUUCCAAAUGUUGAAUUUCACAACAGAAGGCAUUUUAUCAGGAUUGAAAGAUCAAACAAACAGGAUUGGAGAUGGGGGGUCAGGAGAAGUCUACCGUGUUGAUAUAACUGGCAAUGUUGGAGCAGGAAUUGGAAAAGCAAUUUCAAGCUGA